AUGUUGGGGGGCCCUGAGUGGGGGCAGCGGGAGGCCACCCCACCUAGAGACGCCCCCCUACCGAGUUUUGGAUUUACACAGGAGCAAGUCGCGUGUGUAUGCGAGGUUCUUCAACAAGCUGGGAACAUCGAGCGGCUCGGCCGCUUCCUGUGGUCGCUGCCGGCGUGCGAGCGUCUCCACGCGCACGAGUCUGUCCUGAAGGCUAAGGCGAUGGUGGCCUUCCACAGAGGCAACUUCAAGGAGUUGUACCGCCUACUCGAGUCACACACGUUCAGUCCACAUAACCACGAGAAACUACAGAACCUAUGGCUUAAAGCUCAUUACAUGGAAGCGGAGAGGCUACGAGGCAGGCCGCUGGGCGCUGUCGGCAAAUAUAGGGUGCGCCGUAAGUUCCCAUUGCCCAGGACGAUAUGGGACGGCGAGGAAACAUCAUACUGUUUUAAGGAAAAAUCAAGAUCCGUGCUGCGAGACUGGUACCUUCACAACCCGUACCCCUCACCGAGGGAGAAACGGGAGUUGGCCGAGACGACGGGACUCACCACUGUACAGGUUUCAAAUUGGUUCAAAAAUAGACGACAAAGGGACAGACAAGCAGAACACAAAGAUAGUGGUCCCGGUGGAGACAAGCAGCUAGACUCGUCAACGGAUGACGACAGUGACGUGCCCGCACACUCGACGGCCGCGCACGCCGCCCCGCCGCACCCCCCGCAGCCCCUCUACCCCCUGUACGAGCACCCGCUGGCUCAUCUCCAGUAUCAUCACACGUGA